AUGAAAACAUUGGAAUCGCUUGACUUAUCUGUGAACAGUCUGAUAGGGGAGAUACCUUCGAGCUUUUCUGCUAUGCAUUUCCUGGAACGUUUGAAUCUGUCUUACAACAACUUAUCAGGAAAAAUACCCACGAGUGGUCAAUUGUCGACCUUUGACUCUUCGACAUAUGUGGGUAAUAAAGGCCUUUGCGGUAUGCCACUGCCAGAUUGCCCUGUUUAUCAAACUCCACCUGACGCCAGAGUUAAACAUGAAGAUGAUGAGAAGCUCGACAAAUUAUUGGAGUACACCAGUAUUGUGGUUGGGUUUGUGGUCGGCUUUUGGCUGUUUAUUGGCACACUCAUCAUGAAGCAGGCCAUCAGAUUUGCUUUCUUCCGACGGAUCGACAAGACCAGUGACUGGAUCUAUGUUCAGUUUGCAGUUAAGCUUGCGAAGCUCAAAUCCAAAUGGCAAACGAUGACAUGA